AUGCUCGCUUGCGGCGCCAUGCACAUGCGAGCCAUGUCCAACUAUGUCAGCACGCCGAAGACGCCGUUUCAUUACUAUUCAGACGCUGUGGCCGCAGUCUCUCGGACGUUGCGCGGCGAAUUAGGCGCCCACGGGGAGUAUAACGCUCUUGGUACAUACAAUGACAGCUUCGAUGCACUCGUUAUAUCCAUUAUACUACUCUACAUAUACGGGACCUGGACAGCAGCAGACAUACGCUCAAACGAAGAUAGGUGCCAUCACGUCCGAGGCGCGACUCAAUUGCUCAAGAUGCGAUACUGCCAAACCACAGACCCAUUUCCGCUCCGACCUAUUGACCGCGUCAUAAUAGAGAGCGUGCUUUGUCAACACUUCCUGCUCACAGCGCGCCACCCGUUCUUCCCCAACGCUUUCGUAGACACAGAGUUCUGGGCCUCAAUGGAGUCGGUGCUGGGAGGCGCCACGUGCAGCGCAGACUUUUCCACGGCCAAUCGCCCUAUUCUGGGAGUUCUCAUCCCGCUGUGUCGGCUGAUUCUAACUAUAGUGCAGCUGAAUCGCAGUCCGCUCCGUGGAGACGCCGCCACACUGACGGCAACGAAGCAAGAGAUGGCCUACUGGGAGGCUUCCAUUGAGGAGACCCAGUUCGAGAAUACACAUGCCAUGGGGAUAUACAAUGCGCUCGUCGUGGAGUACGUCCUUGCCGCCUCACUCAUGCUUGACUGGAUCGUCGACGCCGCGCCCAGCCAGGAGGCCCAUCCCUUUAACAUCCCUUACGGCGAGAGCUGGCAGCUCCGGCGCGCCAUUGACGUCCUCAAACGCAUGGUGUAUAAGGAUAAGUGGACGAGGUGCUACCUCGGCAUGUGGCCACUGCAAAUCCUUGGCUACGCGGUCGACGCCGAGGGGGACAUUGCACUCAUCAGGGAGGACCUCGACCGCCGGGGUCACGUCACGGGCAUGGGCGAAGCCCGUAUGGUCCGCAGCGAGCUUGAGGCACUCUGGCGGACAAGAAAGGACUCCGCUGGGGGGCUUGGCGCCGCUUCCAUGGAAUGA